GUGGCGUUAGCGCAUGCGCAGCCGUGUGUCGCCCGUCGAGUGCGGCAGCCGCGGGUGGAAAACCGCAGCGGCAGCUGCUGAGGGGAGCCGGGAGCGUGUUGUCUCGCUGAGGGGCGGCUGGGGCAGCGCCUGGACAAGGGGCAGCGGCGGGGUAGCUGGUGUCGCUCCCAGCCCACCGUAGGCUGCUGCUGAGGCGGGGCGGCGGGACGAGCUUCGCAGCGUUUUCGGGCAGGUCCCCGGCGUUUUGACAUCUCGGUGCCUCCGCUGGGGCCGGGAAGGGCCGCGUCCCGGCCCGCUGCGGCUGUGGGGGCCUUGCGGGCGGCUCCCGCCCUAGGCCGAGGGGCUGGAGGCUGUGGCGGCCUGGGGCGCCCAGCCCUGCCCGGAGGGUCUCCCUGGGGGAGGGGGGGCCGGGGCCGCCGGGGGCCGUUUUUCGGGGGGUGAGGGACGGCGUCGUGAGUGAAUUGAGACAAAGAGCGAGGAGGAGGAGGAAAAAGAAGAAGAAGAAGAAGAGGAGGACACUCGGGCUCUGCCACAUUCCUGUGCAGAGGAAGGCGGGAGGCGGCGUUAGCCCUUUACGGACAGCUGGGUUCAGCGCUGCCCUCAGCUGCUGUCGGCGUAUUUACAGCCGUCUCUCCCGGCUGCGGGAGAAGGAGGAGGAGGAGGAAAAACCAUGUAAGUUCCGAAUUGCCGGGGGUCCUGUGAGAAGAUGGGGGAUGCCGCAGACGCCAAGGAGAUGAGGAAGACUUUCAUUGUUCCUGCCAUCAAACCCUUUGACCAUUAUGAUUUCUCCCGAGCGAAAAUCGCCUGUAAUCUCGCCUGGCUGGUGGCCAAAGCCUUUGGGACAGAAAAUGUUCCAGAAGAAUUACGAGAACCAUUUUACACAGACCAGUAUGACCAGGAGCACAUUAAACCACCUGUUGUUAACUUGCUGCUGUCUGCAGAACUCUACUGUCGUGCUGGGAGCCUUAUUCUCAAGAGUGAUGCUGCAAAACCACUUCUAGGUCAUGAUGCUGUUAUACAAGCCCUGGCACAAAAAGGCCUUUAUGUCACUGACCAAGAAAAGUUGGUGACUGAACGAGAUCUUCACAAAAAACCAAUUCAGAUGAGUGCUCACUUGGCCAUGAUUGAUACUCUUAUGAUGGCAUAUACUGUAGAGAUGGUCAGCGUUGAGAAAGUGAUUGCAUGCACUCAGCAGUAUUCAUCCUUCUUCCAAGCUACAGAUCUACCUUAUGACAUUGAGGAUGCUGUCAUGUACUGGAUAAACAAGGUAAAUGAACAUUUAAAAGACAUAAUGGAACAGGAGCAAAAACUAAAAGAGCAUCACGGUGCAGAAUCCGCAGGAGGUCAAAAGUCUCCCACCAAAUGGUUUUGGAAACUGGUUCCUGCUCGUUACAGGAAGGAGCAAACGUUGCUUAAGCAGCUGCCCUGCAUUCCAUUGGUGGAGAACCUGUUGAAAGAUGGUACAGAUGGUUGUGCUCUAGCAGCCCUGAUCCACUUCUACUGUCCAGAUAUCGUUAAACUGGAGGAUAUUUGUUUGAAAGAGACAAUGUCUUUGGCUGACAGCUUGUAUAACCUACAAUUGAUUCAAGAAUUUUGUCAGGAAUACCUUAACCAGUGUUGCCAUUUCAGUCUUGAGGAUAUGCUCUAUGCAGCUUCUUCAAUAAAGAGCAACUACAUGGUGUUCAUGGCAGAAUUGUUCUGGUGGUUUGAAGUGGUGAAGCCAUCAUUUGUACAACCUCGUGUUGUUGUGCAUCCCCAAGGUGAACCUGCAAAAGAUGCAGCUUCUGCUCACAGCUUGAAUGUUAACAGAAGAAAUUAUAUGGAUGGCCCAUCUGGUUCUGACUUUGUAGCCAGAUUGGAGAGUCCAACUUAUACACCAUCUCGCCAAUUGCAUACACCCCAGCAGCCUUAUUCAUCUGUUUCAGGAGUCAUCAGAAGAUCCACAUCGAUGUCUUAUGUAGAUGGGUAUGUAGGGACAUGGCCCAAAGAAAAAAGGUCAUCAUUACAUGGAGUUUCAUUUGACAUUUCUUUUGACAAAGAAAAAAGCAUUCCAGUAACUGCUCCAAACAGAGGAAUUACUAGAUCUGUGAGCAAUGAAGGCCUUACACUAAACAGCAACCGCAUGCCAAAACAUAUUAGAAAAAAUCUGUCCUUCAAACCAGUAAAUGGAGAAGAUGAAAAUCAAGAUAUUGAAGAGGAAAAGGACAUGAUAGGUCCUAAAGACACAAAGGCCAAUCAGUCUCUUAACACAAAUCAAAAAAAUGCCAAUGAGAGCAGCUGCUACCGGUUUCCAAAUGGAGCUCUGCAAAACAGGGCAGUUCUGGAUGAUUUUGGCAAUCAGAUUGAGACACCAAGCAUUGAAGAGGCUUUGCAGAUAAUUCAUGACACUGAAAAAUCUCCCAGAGUUAUCCAGCCAGACCAAAUUACAAAUGGGUUCUUUCUUCACAAUCAGGAAAUGAGCAUCUUGAAUUCAAACAUUAAACCAAAUCAGUCUACCCCUGAUAUAAUUACAGACACAAAAGGUGCUCUAAGUCCUGUGACUGACAAUACAGAAGUAGAUACCGGAAUACAUGUCCCUUCAGAAGAUAUUCCAGAGACAAUGGAUGAGGAUUCUUCUUUGAGAGAUUAUACUGUAAGCAUGGACUCUGACAUGGAAGAACCAUCUAAAUUUCUCCAAGAGUAUGACAUGCGAGCUAGCAAUCACAGAGAUCAAUUAAGUCCCUGUCCCAGCUCAGUAAGUACUAAAUCACAGGCAGGCAGCAGUGCUUCUUCAAGUUCGGGGGUUAAAAUGACUAGCUUUGCAGAGCAGAAAUUCAGGAAGUUGAAUCACACAGAUAGUAGAAGCAGUGGAAGCAGUUCUCAGAAAACCACACCAGAAGGUUCUGAGCUGAACAUCCCUCAUGUGGUUGCUUGGACUCAUAUUCCCGAGGAGGCAUCUGUUCCUCAAGGAAGAGACACUACACAGUUACUGGCUUCCGAAAUGGUACAUCUUAGGAUGAAGCUAGAGGAAAAGAGGCGAGCCAUUGAAGCACAGAAGAAGAAAGUUGAAGCUGCAUUCACAAAGCAGCGGCAGAAGAUGGGAAGAACAGCAUUUCUUAAUGUUGUGAAAAAGAAAGGUGAUGGAGUGUCACCUCUCCGAGAAGAAGCAGCGGGAGCUGAGGAUGAGAAGGUAUUCACUGACAGUAGUCGGUUGAAAGAAAAAGAAACUCAAAAAUCAGAUGAACAAACUAGUAAGAGUUCAGAAUUAAUAAAAGAAAAUCCUGAAAAUUCUCAUAGCAAAUGGUUAAAAUCUCCUGCUACUCCUAUGGAUUCUGAAAAGCAAUGGAAUUUAGCAAGCCCCUCAGAAGAAAAUUUUAAUGAAGGAGAUAUCUUAGAAUAUACAAAAUCAAUUGAAAAACUAAAUUCUUCCCUGCACUUUCUGCAACAAGAAAUGCAACGUCUGUCCCUUCAACAGGAGAUGUUGAUGCAGAUGAGAGAGCAACAGGCUUGGGUUAUUUCUCCUCCUCAGCCUUCUCCUCAGAAGCAGAUUCGGGACUUUAAGUCUUCAUCAAGGCAAAUGGGAACUCCAUCUCCUGUUGCACCUUUCUCACAGGAAUCUCCUCGCUCUACACAUCAAUCUCCACAGUCUUCCAACAGGAAGAAUGCCUCUUUUCACAUUAAAAUGCAAAGGACUCCUAGGCCAAAUGAACUGAAAAUAACACCUCUAAAUCGUACCUUGACUGCCCCCAGGUCUGUGGAUAGUCUUCCCCGUUUGAGGAGAUUUUCUCCAAGUCAGGUUCCUAUUCAGACUAGAUCGUUUGUUUGCUUUGGAGAUGAUGGUGAACAUAUAGGUGAACCUCAGUUAAGGGGAAAUCUUUUGAAAGAAGUCAAGCCUACGGAAGAGGUACCAAAAGACGAAGGACCAAAAUUGCUGAAACAGUGUGAACCGAAGUUGGAUGAAAAGGAGAUUAAGCCUAUUGAAUCUAAUGUUUCGGAAGUAUUAUCUCAGCCUAUCACAGAAACUGUCUGCCUCACCCCAAAUGAGGAUCAGCUAAGCCAACCAAUUUUACCAACUCCCAAAACAGCUAGCUUAAUUGAAGUUUCCCUGUCAGAUUUGAAGCCACCAGAAAAAACUGAAGUAUCUGUUGAAAAAUAUGAAGGUGAGAGUGAUAGAGAACAAUUUGAGGAUGACCAGAAAGUGUGUUGUGGAUUCUUUUUUAAGGAUGAUCAAAAGGCAGAAAAUGAUAUGGCAAUGAAACGAGCAGCAUUAUUGGAGAAGCGUUUGAGAAGGGAAAGAGAGACUCUGCUUCGAAAGCAGCAGCUGGAAGCAGAACUAGAACAUAAGAAGGAAGAGACAAGACGCAAAACAGAAGAAGAACGUCAGAAGAAGGAGGAUGAACGAGCACGGCGAGAAUUUAUUAAGCAGGAAUAUAUGAGAAGGAAACAACUAAAGCUUAUGGAAGAAAUGGAUACUGUCAUAAAGCCACGUUCCCUCUCAAUCAAACAAAAAAAGCCACGUCCAAAAUCUAUUCAUAGAGAUCAUAUUGAAUCACCUAAGACACCAAUCAAAGGUCCACCAGGUUCACAGCUUUAUCGUGUUUUUUCAGUAUCUAGUCUUUCAUUGGCAUCGCUGAAUACAGGGGACAAUGAGAGUGUGCAGUCAGGCAAGAGAACACCAAGGUCUGAGUCUGUGGAAGGAUUCUUAUCUCCAAGUCGCUGUGGUAGUCGGAAUGGAGAAAAAGACUGGGAAAACGCAUCUACAACUUCUUCAGUCGCUUCUGCUACAGAAUACACAGGACCAAAGCUCUUCAAAGAACCCAGUGCUAAAUCCAACAAGUAUAUAAUUCAGAAUGCGCUGGCACAUUGCUGCUUGGCUGGAAAAGUAAAUGAAGGUCAAAAGAAAAAGAUACUGGAGGAAAUGGAAAAAUCCGAUGCCAAUAAUUUCUUAAUCUUGUUCCGGGAUUCAGGCUGCCAGUUCAGAUCUCUGUAUACAUACUGCCCUGAUACUGAAGAAAUCAAUAAAUUAACAGGAAUAGGUCCCAAAUCUAUCACAAAGAAAAUGAUAGAGGGACUGUAUAAGUACAACUCUGACAGGAAGCAAUUUAGCCACAUACCUGCUAAAACUUUGUCUGCCAGUGUUGAUGCAAUUACCAUUCACAGCCAUUUGUGGCAAACCAAGAGACCAGUAACUCCUAAGAAACUUUUACCCACCAAGGCAUAGUAGAUGGCAAAAAAAAUUGCUUCAGAGAAUUAUGAUAAACUUGCACUUCAUCUUUACUGCCUAUAGGAAAUAGAUUUCUAGUUGCCAGCGAAGACUCUUAGAACUUAAAACUGGACACCAAGUUCUAUUAUCAUGUCCAACUGGAAUGUAAACACAGUGUUUAGGAGUGCAGAAGAUUAUUGCUUAGGUGAAUAACUAUGAGUGAUUAUGGAAAUGUUUGACUUGUGUGGAGAUUUGUAUGUGCUAAUACAAUAUAUAGAGUAUAUUUGCUCUGUAUUUUGAUUAGAUACACUGAAGCACUGAAUGUUCCUCUUUAGUGACUCAAACUACAUUUUUUUACAUCUGUUGCCUUAUAUGUUUGUAUUUGUGCUUGUCCUGAAAUAUUUUUUCUUUCACUAAAGAAAUACUUCUUAAUGUUCUCAAUACCAUUGAACUUUGCAUACUGACUUACAGUAAAGACUAAAUGAUCAGUUGUAUGUCACCGAAGAACAGCUGAAUGGGUCUGUUCUGCCAGAUCCUUAUUGUGUGCUGUAACAAAAUCAAGAUUGAUUCCCCUGAGUAUUUAUAAUUCUUUUUCAAUUAAAUAAUACUGACUUGCUUAUAGACUAAACAGUAAAGGAAAAACCUUUGAACUGCUUGAAGUUUCCUUCAAAUGAAUUAUUUAACAACUCAGGGUAUAGCUAGGUGAUGCAAUUAUUCCCGUUUCAGUAAGCUACCACCUGAGAUGUAAUGACUGACCAUGUGCACGUUCAUACCACCAUUAAAACGCAAAGCAAAAAGAUUCAGUAGACCUCUAGAACAGUUUAAGCAAAUGUGCAUUAUUUUGCAUUGUUCCACAUGAAGAGCGAGCACAUGGUCAGGUACUGCUUCUCCAAGGAAGGAAUAGGCACUUGUGAAACAUUCAGAACUAGAUCCCUGAUGUUUGCCUGACAGAACACUACAAAUGUUCAGAAGAAUCACAGAAUUCACUAAGUCACAGAUCUUUCAGAAGUCGUGUAUCUAAUUCCCAUUGAUUUUAAGAUCCAGGCCACUGUCAGUUCUUCCUGCCUUCAGAUCUGCCAGCUCAGACUUAAAUCCAUUUUCCAGGGAAUAGACAUCUGAUAAGCAUUUUCAGUGUGUCUUAGUAAAUUGGUUUUUUGACACGAUUUAACAGAUGAUGUCUUGUGACACUUAGCGAGUUUAAAUACAUAUGGCAAAAAAGCCUAAAUGACAUUUCAAUAAAUUUAUAGUAUGACCAUUUACAAAACCAAACUUUAGGCAUAUUUCAGUAUUAUUUAUAAAGGGCUGCAUUUUAUUUCAAAACAGUGUUUGAUUAUUUUAUAGAUCACUAUUCCAUUUCAGUGUUUGUUUCUCUUAUAAUUUGCUUUUAACAUAGCACUGUUCUGACAAAAAAAGAAACUACAAACUUGAAGCCUCCCCUAAAUCUGUGGCUAUUUUGAUAAUGUACACCAGAGGAUUUGUUGGGGGAAAAAAUCUCAUUCUCAGGAAAAGACUUGAAUGAUUUGUGAUUCUGUUCUGUUUCAGUGUUGUGACAACUACAUUAACAUAAGACAGUAUUGUGCUAUAAGUAUGUAGUCCAUUCUGUUUCAUGGGGAGACUAAAACUCUGUUCAUAUUUCUCUCAUUAAACUGCUUUGAGAGAAACUAUGCCUCACUACUAUGAUGUGCUCAUUGACUUACAUAAAAGAUGCACAGGAAUGAGAUGUCAUGAAGCAGUUUAGAACAGUACUUUUUUUAAAUUAUUAUAAGGCCUUAGGCAUCAAUGCAUCUGGGUUAUAAACAUUUUCUCAAAAAUGCUGUCAAUUUUACUGUAAUUUAUGUUCUUAUAUUUAUGUAUAUUUGUUAAAACUGUAAAAAAAGAAAAAACACUUUAAAAUACAUGUUUAAUAUGUAUGUGGCUCAAAACUAUUUGUGGUUAGCUGAUUCCUACUGUUUGCAUGUAUAUCACCAGGAUAUGUAACUCUUAUAUUUCAAGUGUAUACAUAUUGUGUAUAUAGGAUAUAAAUAAUAUUAAAAAAAGGGGAAAGAGGGUUUGCGCAUUCUGCCUGUUAGACAGUUCCUACAACUACUGUGGUAGGAACAUCUUGAAUAACAAUAUGAAGCUGUGUAUAAUAUACAGUGAUUCAAGAAACCAGGAGGUUGGAAUUAUCUGAUACACAUACGGUGAAUAACUUCAGAAGAAGUUUUAUCAUGGGAGGCUUUUUAUUUCUAAAAUCUGUACUAUGAUUUAACUGAAGAUUUGCAACACCAUAAAGACACAUGCAUCAAUCUAAUCAAAGUGAGCUUAAAUACAUGACAGGAAUUCUUGGAGUAAUUUUAAAUAUAUCUGAAUGUAUUAUGAAAUUUACAUUUGUCAGCAGGUUACAGAUUUGUGCAAUGUCUAAAAGUAGAAUGUGAAUAAUGCAGUUGAAAAUGUCAUUGCUCGCAGUAUAAAGUUUUACUUAACACAGGAAAAGUAAAGCUAGAUACGCUUUUCCUUUUUAAGCCUGCAAAUUUUCUAAUUACAGUGGAUCUUUGGUUGGGAUCAUGUUUAAAAAAAGAAGAAAAAAAAAAAAAAAAAAAAGGAAGCUUUCCAUAAAGGCCAGUAUUUAUCACUGACCUUUUCAGAACACACUGGUGCUUUCAUCAGGGGUAUUAUUAUUAUUGUUGCUACAACUGAAUUGCCAAACUCUCGUCUUAGUUUUUGGAGCAAAAUUUCAUAUUCUAACAGUCAUAAUAGCUACUGAAUUUUUUUUUUUUUUAAUGUUAGUAUGACUGUUAGUUUUUAUUAUUUGGCUGUUUAAAGCCAAAUUCAGCUAUUUAAUUAUGAUUUAAUGGGCACUGUUGAAAAAAUGUACAGUGUAUUGUGUGCUUACUUGUCCACUUCUAUGGAGCAUAGCUUCCAUAUUUUUUCAAAUGCUGUGCUGUAAAAUAUUGUCAUUGCUACUUACGUGGUACAGUGUAGAUUUUCCUUUCAUUUAAAUAAAAGCAUGGCACCAAAAGUACAUUUUUUUGUUUUCUUGCUUACAUCUAAAUAUAAACUGAAACUGUAAAAAGUUCCAUUAAUCACAGAAUCACAGAAACAAUUGGGUUGGAAGGGACCUUUAAAGAUCAUCCAGUCCAACCCCCCUGCCGUGGGCAGGGACAAAUCUUUAAAUCUUGUUUCUUCUAUUUCAGCAACAUAGAAAUUGUAGAAAUAUACACCAUUUUUUUUUCCUCCUUUUGUUCCCCCUUGUUUGUCUCACUGUCACGUAUAAUUUAGCUUUCUGACGUUAUCAGAGGGAGGCUAUUGAAGAAUUAGACUUCUCAUUUCAUUCUUGAGGACAACAUGGUGUUACCCUGUUCGCUUCUGAAGCAAGUUUCACAACUGCAAGUCAACUGAUAAGCUCCUGUACUCCGGUUACCUUCCAUCGUCCCAAAACCACAGAAACUUACUGGUUGGUGUAAUAGGGCUGCUUGAGAAGGGAAGGUUUUCAAGAUCAACUGAAGUCUUAUCUUCAUCAAGACAGCUAAUAAAGAAAUGACUUCUAGUGAAAUAACUAGUACUUGUUAGUUGUGCAAUCUUGAACAGAAAUAGUGUCCAAAAAAUAAGGUGUCUCUUCCAGAUCUGUAAAUUAGCAAUUUUUUCCAGUCCAAAUCACGCCCUUCUUGGGGUUUUGCGUUGUCCUGCUGGGUUGCAGAGCAAGAGCAAGGACUUGCUGAAAGGGGACAUGACAUCACUGCCCUGCCAACAGGCAGGCUGAAUUGUCGGGUAACAACUCACACAGAGAAUCUCUAAGUUUCAGAGCUAUCCAAAGGGCAGCUUCAAGAAUAUAGGAAAUCUGAUUGCAGAGCUUUUAGUACUGAAUCGAAAACGAAUGUGGAUGAAAAUUAAUAACCUUCCCUCCUCCCCCCCAAAACUGUUUAUUUUUCAGCCAGCUCAAUCAGUUCCCUGUACGGCAUCACAAACAGGGUGACACAAGCAAGGAAUUAUGUUGGAACACAAAACCCAGUUGCACCCAAUAAAGCUAUUUUUUCAGUGGCAAAAAUUUUUUGCAGCUCAAAAUUUUCAUCUAAAACCAGCCUUUGUACAGACAAGCUUUACAGCAGGCUUCAUGUUCUCUAUCCUUCAGCAAAUAACACCAUACUUGAGAAACUGCAGAUCAUGUCCUGGUUAAUUUGACAGGGUAUGACUGUACUGUGUGUCUGAAUUUGUACAGAAUUUGUCAAUCAAAAUUUGCAGAGAUCUGGUAUCACUAACUGCAGAAUAAUCAUCUCUGUUACACUUGGAACCUAAGCUUUCGGAUCAAUCACGCACAAAGGUGAUGUAAAAAAUAGCUUUGUUUCUCAAAUCCAGCCAUACUGAUGCAGCGUAGAUGUCAGAUUUCUUUUUUCCAACAACUUCAUAAUUAAAUACAGACACAGCUUUGUAAGGG